AUGAAGCUUGACACGCUCGCAUUGGAUGAAAAGGUUCGUGAACGGUUGAGAAUAGCACUGGAAAAAAAUACAGAGCUGGUUGAAGAACUUUCCCAAACAAAAGAAGAGCAUCAACUGCUAAAAUCAGCUCUAUUGGCGGGACAAGCAAGUUCAUCUAAAACGACCGCAGAGGAUGUUAAGGAAAAUUCAACAAACGGUGAAGCAGCUGAGCAAGUAGAUCAUUCAACGAAAACUUAUGAACUACAAACUAUAAUAGAAAAACAGACUGCUGAAUUAUCCCAGUGGCAAAGAAGAGUUUCAGAUUUAAACAGCAAAAUAAGUGACCUAGAAGAAAAUUUUGCAAAAACGCAAAAAGAAUUUAACAAGGCACAAGAGACAUGUGUCAAACUACAAAGAGAUCUACGUGAAAAUGUGGCACAAAAAGAGGAUCAAGAAGAACGGAUAACAACUCUAGAGAAGCGUUAUUUGAAUGCACAGCGUGAAUCGACGUCUCUGCAUGACCUCAAUGAGAAAUUAGAACAAGAACUUCGACAUAAGGAAGCACAACUUAGGCUACACGAAGGAAAAAUUUCGGCAAUUCAGGAAAAACUAGAGCUGUCCGAGCAAAAAUUAGCGCAACUUUCCAAAGUACCAGACAUUGAGGAACAACUGAAAGCUCGAAUGGAAGCGUUUGCCCAGGUAGGCACAAAGCCGCCAUUUGCCCCUACUAUGGACGGUUCAAAAAUGUAAAUAAAAUUACAAAAAAUGGCAGUAGUCUUUUUUAACAAUGAAAUAGGAGGUGUAAAGAUCCCGUUAGUGCAAUAAUAAAGCAGUUAGAUGCCAAAAUUCUACAGUAAAUACUCGUUAAACGAUGGAUAGUUCUGCGUAUGAAAUUUCAUACUCCUA